AGUAAGCAGAAUCAUAGAAAGCAGCAGAAUCAUAGAAGAGGAGCAUCGUCAUCAUCUCUCAUCCUUCCUCACCCCCCCGUCUUCUAUUUUCUUCUGGACAUCUUCUAGUAAAGAAGAAGUGGGAUUCCUCCCUCCUCUCCCAGUCCGACCACCCUAGCUAGCUGCUAAUGGCUGCUGCCACCUUGAGCGCUCCCGACGCCGAGAAGCUGUCCAAGCUGAAAGCUGCUGUUGCAGGCCUUCACCAGAUCAGUGACAACGAGAAGAAUGGUUUCAUCAACCUCGUCGCCCGCUAUCUCAGCGGCGAAGCACAGCACAUCGAGUGGAGCAAGAUCAAGACGCCCACCGAUGAAGUGGUUGUUCCUUAUGACCGCUUGGCUCCCGCUCCUGAUGACGCCUCUGAGACCAAGAAACUUUUGGACAAACUGGUCGUCUUGAAACUCAAUGGAGGCCUAGGAACGACAAUGGGUUGCACCGGUCCCAAAUCUGUUAUCGAAGUGCGUAACGGGUUGACAUUUCUUGACCUUAUUGUCAUCCAGAUUGAGAAUCUGAAUAAUACAUAUAAAUGCAAUGUUCCCCUCCUACUGAUGAAUUCAUUUAACACUCAUGACGACACGAUGAAGAUAGUUGAGAAAUACUCCAACUCAAAUGUCGAGAUUCAUACUUUUAAUCAGAGCCAAUAUCCCCGCUUGGUUGUUGAUGAUUUUAUGCCUUUGCCAUGCAAAGGGCAUACUGGUAAAGAUGGAUGGUAUCCUCCUGGUCAUGGCGAUAUAUUCCUAUCCCUGAUGAACAGCGGGAAACUUGAUGCAUUGCUCUCGCAGGGCAAGGAAUAUGUGUUUAUUGCCAACUCUGACAACUUGGGCGCCGUUGUUGACCUGAAGAUAUUAAACCAUUUGGUCUCAAACAGGAACGAGUACUGUAUGGAGGUUACACCAAAGACCCUAGCUGAUGUGAAGGGUGGUACCCUCAUCUCCUAUGAAGGGAAGGUUCAGCUACUGGAAAUUGCACAAGUCCCUGAUGAACAUGUGACUGUUGCAGUACUUCAUUGCAUAGAGUGCUGCCACCCUUUUUCUCAAAUAGUAAGUGAAUUCAAGUCAAUAGAGAAAUUCAAAAUUUUCAACACAAACAAUUUGUGGGUGAACUUGAAAGCAAUUAAAAGACUUGUGGAAGCCGAAGCACUUAAGAUGGAGAUCAUUCCCAACCCAAAGGAAGUGGAUGGAGUCAAAGUCCUUCAGCUGGAGACUGCAGCUGGUGCAGCAAUUAGGUUCUUUGAUAACGCCAUUGGAAUUAAUGUACCCCGAUCCAGAUUUUUGCCAGUGAAGGCAACUUCAGAUUUGCUUCUUGUGCAGUCGGAUCUGUACAAUCUAGUUGAUGGAUUUGUUGUUCAAAAUAAAGCAAGAGUGAAUCCUGCAAAUCCUUCGAUAGAAUUGGGGCCUGAAUUUAAGAAGGUUGGCAAUUUCUUGAGUCGAUUCAAGUCAAUUCCUAGCAUCAUUGAACUUGAUAGCCUUAAAGUGUCUGGCGAUGUAUGGUUUGGUGCUGGCAUCACUCUCAAGGGAAAAGUGACCAUAUCUGCAAAGCCUGGGGUUAAACUGGAAAUACCAGAUGGCUCUGUACUUGAAAACAAGGAAAUCAAUGGCCCGAAGGACCUUUAAGGAAAUGCAUCUCUUUCCCAUGUGGAGCUAGGGAGUUGUAUAUGAUCCUGUUAGCAGUGUUAAUAAAGGUGCUUUGGUAGAUAAAUAAGAGAAGCGCUUUUGCCAGCUGGUGCAAAGCAGUCUGGAGCCUUCCCAAUAAACCAAAAUUUACUAUUUUGUCCUUUCUUGUAAUUUGCCUUCCUUGUGGAAGGAGGAGUGCUACUUUUACUUUUGUUGGACAGUGUGUUGAGGAUUACCUUCCAUGGUACAUGAGAUUGGCAAUCAAUGCUUGAGCCUUUUGGUCCCAUAUAAAAAACAGUUUGAUGUAAAA